AUGGCGGAUUUGAACCAGGAGUCGCUGCUGGCGCACAAGCGCACGUUCAUGGAGUUCCUCGACCCCGAGAACCCCAAGUCGCGCUACAUGCAGCGAAUCAGCGCCAUGGUGGACGCGGACAAGCACCGCCUCCUCAUUGACCUCUCGGACCUCCGAUCCUUUGACCCGCACCUCGCCCGCAGGCUCAUCCGCACGCCAGGCGAGCUGUACCCAGCGCUGGUGAGCGCAGUGGAGGAUGCAGUGAAGCUGGCGCACCCCAAGCAUCCGCCUGAACUCAUCCGCACGCCAGGCGAGCUGUACCCAGCGCUAGUGAGCGCAGUGGAGGAUGCAGUGAAGCUGGCGCACCCCAAGCACCUGCUCGAGUCCGCAGCCACAGGCGUGGGGGGAGGCGAAGUGAGCGUGGGGUUUGAGGGGCCGUUUGGGUUCCACCAGCUAUCCCCUCGCGAGCUGCUCUCGCCCUUCCUCAACUCGCUUGUCUGCGUGCAUGGCAUCGUCACCAAGUGCUCCUCCGUGCGCCCCAAGGUGGUGCGCAGUGUGCACUACUGCCCAAACACGGGGGCCUUUUCCUCUCGGGAAUAUCGAGAUGUCACUGCGCUCACUGGCCUGCCUACACCUGCCAUCUACCCCACCAAGGACGAUAAGGGCAACAUUCUAGUCACAGAAUUCGGUCUGUGCCGAUACCGCGACCACCAGGCGAUGGCGAUGCAGGAGAUGCCUGAGAACGCUCCAGCAGGGCAGCUGCCGCGGUCACUGGACGUGCUUCUAGAGGACGACCUGGUGGAUGCAUGCAAGCCGGGGGACCGCGUGGGCAUAGUGGGCAUCUACAAGGCUGCUCCCAUGCGCGCCUCUGGCACCAUCAGCGGCACCUUCCGAACCGUACUGGUGGCAUGCAAUGUGAUGCAGUUGAGCAAAGACGCAGUGGCGCCAAGAAUGACGGCAGCAGACGUGAGGGCAGUGAGGGCGCUGGCAGCACGGUCAGACGCGUGGGGAGUGGUGGGGGAGUCGCUAGCGCCGUCCAUCUGCGGCCACGCGUGGGUAAAGAAGGCCCUGGCGCUGCUGCUGCUGGGGGGGGUCGAGAAGAACUUGCCUAAUGGAACACACAUAAGAGGUGAUGUGAACAUGCUAAUGAUGGGGGAUCCCUCAGUGGCCAAGUCGCAGUUGCUUCGAGCCAUCAUGCACGCUGCUCCCCUUGCCAUCUCCACCAACGGGAGGGGCUCGUCAGGCGUAGGUCUGACUGCUGCUGUCACCACCGACCAGGAGACAGGUGAAAGGAGGCUGGAAGCAGGAGCAAUGGUGCUGGCGGACAGAGGAGUGGUGUGCAUUGAUGAGUUUGACAAGAUGAGCGAUGCCGACCGGGUUGCCAUCCAUGAGGUGAUGGAGCAGCAGACAGUCACGAUCGCCAAGGCGGGGAUCCACGCAUCCCUCAACGCUCGCUGCAGCGUGGUUGCCGCAGCAAACCCCAUCUACGGAUCUUACGACCACUCCAUCAGCCCCAUGCGCAACAUCGGCCUGCCCGACUCGCUGCUGUCGCGUUUCGAUCUGCUCUUCAUCCUCGUGGAUCAGAUGGACGCUGACGUGGACACCCGCAUAGCCAAUCACGUGCUCCGCAUGCACCGCUACCGCCUCCCUGGCGAUGAUGGCAGGGAUAUACCCAUGGCAGCAACACACGCAGAUGAGGAGGACGAGGAAGAAGAGGGGGGAGACGCAGACGGCCCAGAUGCUUCCGCUGCUGCAAUGGACGGCGAAGAUGAUGCCAAUCCGGCCACUAGCCGGCCUAGGACCAGGAGUGGGGGUAGAGGAGGGGGAGGAGGGGAUGGGGGUGGGGGAAGGGGAGGGGGCAGCAGUGGUGCGACUGAUUUGGCGGCGAACUUAGUUAAGUACGAUCGCUUACUGCACGGGGAGAGGAAGGCCGGGGAGCCUAUAAGGAAGAUACUUAAGAAGCGUUUUCUGAAGAAGUUCUUUCACUUUGCCCGCGGCCGCACCCCAGUGCUCUCCAAUCGGGCAGCAGAGAAGAUAGCACAGGCUUACGCGGAAAUGAGGGCGCAGGGCAUGGACGCGAGAAGGAGGUCGGACCAAGGCACUCUCCCUGUGACGGCCCGUUCUCUCGAGACCAUGAUCCGCCUGUCUACGGCUCAUGCCAAGCUGAAGCUGCGGCGAGAGGUGCUGGAAUUAGAUGUAGCAGCAGCAUUAAGCCUCCUUGACUUUGCUCUGUAUCACCGGGAGCUGGAUGAGACGGACAAGCGGAUGGAGGAGGAGAGGAGGCAGCGCGUGGAAAGGGCACUCAUUGCCGUGUGGUCCCCUUGUCCCCUCCAGGUGUUGGAAUCCGAUGUGGCAGCGGCGCUAAGCCUCUUGGACUUUGCUCUAUCUCGUGGGAAGAGUCAACGCAGGGAUUCACAGGCGGAAGGGAGCGAGGAGGCUCCUGAGUCUCGUGGGAAGAGGCAACGCAGGGAUUCACAGGCGGAAGGGAGCGAGGAGGAAGAGGAAGAAUAUGUGGAGGAGGGGGAAGAGGAGGAGGAAGAGGAGGAGGUGGAGGAGAUUGAGAUGGAGGAAGCACCUGCAGACAGGGUGCCACACUUGGGUGAUCCGGCACCUGCUUCUGCUGCCAAUGGGGCCUUUACUGCUGAAAGAUUCGAUGCCUUCCAGCUAGCGUUCAGUGAGCAUGCGGUGGCAGCGCGGGUCGAGUCGAUAGCAGUGGAGGAGCUGGCAGAGGUGGUCAACAAGCGGUGGCCGGGAAAGAGCUUCUCUCGGGCUGAAAUAGAUGCGAUGCUGGAGCAAAUGGAGGUCAACAACCGAGUCAUGGUUGCAAGCGGCGUUGUGCACCUCAUAUAG